AUGGUGGCGGCCAAGAAAACUAAAAAGACUCAUGAGUCUAUUAACAACAGACUGGCUCUAGUGAUGAAGAGUGGAAAAUACACUUUAGGGUACAAGACUGUACUUAAGUCUCUCAGAAACUCAAAGGGGAAGCUUAUCAUCAUCUCCAACAAUUGUCCUCCUCUGAGAAAGUCUGAGAUUGAAUAUUAUGCUAUGUUGGCGAAGGUUGGAGUUCACCACUACAACGGAAACAACGUCGAUUUGGGCACUGCUUGUGGAAAAUAUUUCAGAGUAUGCUGCCUCAGCAUUAUCGAUGCAGGUGAUUCCGAUAUCAUUAAGACCGUACCUGGUGAUCACUGA